AUGAGCGCAUUUCUGGACGGAGCCGCGAUGGAGCUGGACCACGUGAAAGGAAUCAGCGGUAAUCACUGGAUUUGCAAAGGAAAACGAAGUGUAGCGAUAGCUGCGACGUUACUACAAAGAAAUGAGAUCAUCGCGAUACCAACCGAUACGAUAUACGGUCUCGCCGGUCUCGCGUCGAGCGACAGUUCCAUCGAAAGAUUAUAUGCGAUCAAGAACCGCGAUCGGACCAAGCCUCUCUCCAUCUGCGUCGGCCGAUUGUCGCAUAUAGAACGAUGGGCCGUCGUCGAUCACUUGCCAAGGAAACUCUUGAGCAUUAUACUACCUGGACCGUACACGAUCGUUUUAAGACGAACACCGGCUCUAAAUCCGGCAUUGAAUCCGAAUCACGAGACCGUAGGCAUCAGAAUACCAAAUUUCAAAUUUAUCCAUUGUGUCUCGGAAAUAACUGGCCCGUUGGCGCUGACCAGCGCGAAUUUGAGCAGCGAAGAUAGCUGCCUGUUCGCCUCGGAGUUCGAACACCUGUGGCCAAAGUUAGGCGGAGUCUUUCACGAUUGCGACAGAUUCGGUAAAUCGUCCAAAAAGUUGAGAACAGGAUCCACGAUCGUCGAUCUGUCCGAACCGAACCGUUACAAGAUAAUCCGGUACGGAGUCGGGGCAAAGUCGUUGAUUAAAUUUUUACACAUGUAUGGUAUAAGAGAAGGUGUGAGGAGCAACGAAGACGUCGACGAGGAGGAGGUUGAAAGCCUAUCGGCAUCGUGA